UGGAGGGGUUUCCCCUACGUAAGAUGGCCGCUCGGUGUGCCUCGCUCGAGCAGAGACAACUUUGACGCGAGCACGUGCUCGCGUGUUUGUUUGAACCCGGCGUGCGUCCCUGGCGCACGCGUCGUCGGGGCCGAGGCUGGCAGGACAGACCACAGACCCGGGAGUUAUUGAAACCGCUGAUUUAGUUAACCGUGGCGUCAGUUAAUCGGUGAGUCAGUUGACCAGAGUUGUCUACCCGGGAGUCAACCAACCAAUGUUUGCGCCAGGGAACUAAAAACAACAGUGUUGCAGCAAAUAUAUAUCUGGGGCACAGCCAGAGGUUAAUUGCUGUCCCGAGGCCAUGUUGCGCGGCUCCUGCCGCCUCGCUCGGCUGGGCCGUCAGGCGUCGCGGCCUCUCGGAGCCGCCGGUAGGCCGACCCUGAGACCCGGCCUCUGUGAACCCCGCGGUUGGAGCAACGGCUUGGGCUGCCCCGGGCGAGGUUAUUGUAGCGCAGGGGCCAGGCAGACCGCGACGCCCGGAGCGACGGCGCAAGAGGAUGAGGCCACGGUUGCUUCGGCGACAGGAAGACCGACGGCGGCGGCGGCGCGACGGCGGGCGCGGAGCCUCCGCAGCGGCCAAACCCUCACGCCCGUGAUUGACGAAUUCUCGCAGGAGUCGUUCGAGAAGCCGCACUCCUUGGACCCGGAGGCCCUGAUCGCCGAGCUGACGGCCGAGUAUGUGCGGCGCGACCGGGAGCAGGCGAGGGAUGCCGCCUCGAGGAAGAACCCCACGGAGGGCGAGUUGCUGCGCAGGGCCCUGCGGAAGCAGCUCAAGCUGGCGGAGGCCGCGAGCGAGGGCCGCGACACCCGGCAGCAGCAGCAGCGGCAUCAGCAGGUCCCGGAUCCUGUGGUGACGGACGUGGACUUCCCGUUGCCCGCGCUGCCGUCGAAGAAAAGGCCCAGGAAGCUCGGCGAGCACAAGGUGGUGGGCACGACGGACGCGAGCGAGGCCGCGAGCGACACGCAGUGCGCGGGCUGCGGGGCUCGCCUCCACUGCGGGGACCCCGAGAAGCCCGGCUUCUUGCCCAGCGAGAAGUUCAAGGAGAUGGGGCGCGGCGCGCGGGCCCUCCGCGACGCCGCGUGCCAACGCUGCCACCUGCUGGUGCACCACUCCAUGGCGCUGCGCGUGCGCGUGGAUGAGGACGAGUACAGGAGGAUCGUCGCUCGGGUGCGACACAGGGGUGUGCUCGUGCUGUGCAUGGUGGACGUGCUGGACCUGCCCAACACCAUCAUCACCGACCUGGUCGACCUCGUCGGCGACAACAAGUCCAUCUUCGUCCUCGGCAACAAGAUUGACCUCGUCCCGCCGGACUCGAGGGGCUACUUGAAACGGCUGAGGGAGCGCUUGGUGGAGAUGUGUGCGCAGGCCGGCAUGUGUCCCGGCCGCAACAUCAAGGGCGUGCACCUCAUCAGCGCCAAGACGGGCUACGGCGUGGAGGGGCUCAUCAGCAAAAUCCAGAGCUCGUGGAAACACAAGGGCGACAUCUACCUCAUCGGCACCACCAACGUGGGCAAGUCGACGCUCUUCAACACCCUCAUGGAGUCGGAUCUGUGCAAAGCGAAGACCCCGGACGUGAUCAAGAGAGCGACCAUCUCGCCGUGGCCCGGCACCACCUUGAACUUGCUCAAGUUCCCCAUCAUCAACCCCCUGCCGGAGCGCAUGUUCAGACGACUGCAGAGGCUCAAAGCGGACAGAGAGAAGAGCCUGGAUGACCUCCAGGAAAACGAGCAAGCCUCGCUUGAGCAGCUCAAACGCCAGGGGUACCUCGUUGGUCGCGUGGGUCGCACGUUCUUAACCCCUUGCCAGCGAGAGCACCGGCAGCAGGGGCAGACUCUGGAGUGGAAUCCCGACGAUCUGGCGCUGUCGAUGGACGACGUCUCAAGUGAGCAUCACGGGGGUGGCGACGGCGGUGGUGGCAGUGGCACCAGGAGGCGAGCCGCCUCGGUUACCACAAACUUCAGCAACGAGCAGCACGAGGAGUUCACCUACUUGGAGCUGAGAGACGCUCACUGGUUCUAUGACACGCCAGGCCUCAUCAAGCGAGACUGCGUGCUGAACCUUUUGACGGAGGAGGAGCUGAAGGUCGUGGUGCCGAUGCGCGCCAUCAUCCCGCGCACGUUCCUGCUCAAGCCCGGCACCACCCUCUUCCUAGGCGGCUUGGGCCGCAUUGACUUCCUGCAGGGAGAGAAGUCCGCCUGGUUCACCGUGGUGGCCUCCAACCUCCUGCCGGUGCACCUCACGGCGCUGGAGCGGGCGGACGAGGUCUACAACAAGCACCUCGGAGGGGAGCUGCUGCAGGUGCCCAGGGGCAACGAAGAGAGGAUGCGGCGCUUCCCACCGCUCGUGCCCAUGGACGUGGAGCUCACGGGCAUCACCGUCACAGAGGCGGUGGCCGACAUCAAACUCUCGUCCGCUGGCUGGGUGGCGGUGACGCCAAUGCCGGGCGCGAGCGUCUCACUGCGGGCCUACACGCCGGCGGGCACGAGCUGCGCCCUGCGGUCGCCGCCGCUGCUGCCGGCCAUCGUGGGCGUGCGUGGCCCACGCCUGCGUCGCUCCUCGCGGUACAAACUCAGGCGUCCCGAGCCGCUCGUGGAGAACGUGAAGCAGAGGCGCGACGGGCGGGGCAGCCCCACCGUCGUCCUCGCCGAUUGAUUUCAACGCCGACAACGAGAUGG